UAAAAUGAUUGACAAAAUUUAUAGCCGUUGGAACUCAGGCACUUCACUCUCUUUCUUACUCUGUUUCGAGAAUCCAAGAAGAAAAGCAUCAUCCAUUCACAAUCUCUGUUUCUACACAUCAUUAUUCUUUAACCCAAUUCUGACAACUACAUCCAUUCCAAUUUUCUCUGGUUACAGAUAAUAAUUCCGUUGCAAAAGCUCACGCAAAGAAUGAAGGGUGUGAAAGGAAAAUUUCUGAAGAAGCUCAAAUCGAUCAAGCCAAUCGGGUAUCUCAAGCAAGAUCGAAUUCUCCAACUGAAGGCCUCAGAUGGGUACGUCGAUUUCCUCCCAAAGAUUCCGAGUUUCAAUCUGCACGCCCCAUUCGUUUUCCGGGAAAACAAGCCCGAGAAAACUGUUCAGAGCUGCGAGGAAGUGAAAAUGCAGGAGGAACCUGAGGUCAUAGACGUGGCAGAGCUGAUGAAAGACCUUGAAGAAGAAGAAAUGGAUUUGGAAGAUUACAAUGACAACAAAGAGAACAUAGGUCCAUGUUCUGUGAAACCCCAGCAACUCAACAAGGGUGUUUUGCAGAGUGGGAACAGAGCAAAAACAGAGUCAAAACAGAGAGGGGUUUUGGAGGAUAAAAAGUCUUCACCGGCAAGAGUUGAUAGUAACAGCAACAGAAAAACCAAAACCCCUUUGUUAGAUUCUGACAUUCCAUCGUUCCGGAGACCAGACUUGAACUCUGGCAGCCUAUUUGAUCCGAAUCUUCUGGCGGCGUUCGAGCAAGCCGUGAAGGAACAUGCUAGAAUGACCGAAGAGCAGAGGAGAGUCCGAGUUGAAAAAGAAUCUUCACAGAAAGUGGAAGAUGACGACCCUGAAACUGACCCUAACCCUUUGAUGCUCUUUGAAGAGAAGUGUCCACCGGGGGGAGAUGGCACUGUGAUUUUCUACACCACAACGCUUAGGGGAAUCCGGAAGACAUUCGAAGACUGCAAUAAAGUUCGCUUUUUACUUCAGAGUUUUAAGGUUUUGUAUUUUGAGAGGGACAUAUCAAUGCACAAGGAGUUCAGGGAUGAGUUGUGGUGCAGUUUAGAUGGGAAGUUAGUGCCUCCAAGGCUUUUUGUCAAGGGGAGGUACAUUGGUGGGGCAGAAGAAGUUCUUAGUUUGCAUGAGCAAGGAAAGUUGAAGAAAAUCUUAGAAGGGGUUCCAAUGGAUUACUCCAAUGGCCCUUGUGAAGCGUGUGGAGGGAUAAGGUUUGUGCUGUGCUUCAAGUGUAAUGGCAGCCACAAGGUCUUGGAGGAAAAUGGAGAGAGCAAUCAAUGCUCUCAGUGUAAUGAGAACGGGUUGAUUGUGUGCCCUUAUUGCUGCUAGCUGAGGAAAACUAUAUCAGUUAACACUUCUGUGCUCUACCUAUUGUGAUAAGGCACUUGGCAUGGCCUGUUUGUGCUGGUUCUUGGACCGAUCUUAAAGUCCUUAGAAUCUCAGAUUCAGUGUACCUUUUUUAUGUAUUUAUUUUUAUACCUUAAUAAAAGGAUUCUACCGCUUGAAUUAUCACUUCCUUCUCUUCUCUUUCUUAUCAUGUUGUCUUAGAGUAAUUCAUUGUGUUAACGCUUGGAUAAAAGUUGAAAUAUGUUUGUAAAAGUACUUUUGUGUUUCUCUGAUGUUAAAACAUGCUCUUAAUUGUUUGAAAUACGUUGAAGAGUUAAACGUAUGAUACUGUGUCCACCAGUCCCAAGAA